CCACUGCAGCCACACAGAUGCCACACAGAUCAGCGUGGGGUCAUGAGUGUUUUAAGUCGGUGUGUCUGGAAGUACUUGAGAGCUCGAUGGUCAGCGGACAGCGGCUCCAGAUCUAGGCAGAUUUGCCAAGCUCGCAGUGUUCUGUCGAGUCAAGCAGGGUCUGUCGAGUCAUCCCUUCUCUCUCCCCUUCCCUCUCCCAGGUGCGCGUGGAUGUGCGAGGGAGAAACGUUUUGGAAAGCACGUUUGCUUACGUACUUCGUUUCGCUUCGGUUUCCUCUUCUCCCGCGUCAGAUCUGGCGGCCGAGCUGCAUGAAGACAGUCAUGAGUACUGCCCCGCCUCCAUACGCUCCCGAGUGGUCUGCUGAUGACGCCAAGCAAGUGAACGUGACGGUGCAGCCGGUGUCCAACCCUCACGUCUACGGACAGCCGCUCACAAUGGAUCCGGGCACUGCCCCGCCUCCAUACGCUCCCGAGUGGUCUGCUGAUGACGCCAAGCAAGUGAACGUGACGGUGCAGCCGGUGUCCAACCCUCACGUCUACGGACAGCCGCUCACAAUGGAUCCGGGCAAGGACACAGCGGCCCUCGGGAAACCUGCCGCAACAUCCUCGUCGGGGUGCUGGCGCUGCAUCUUGGAUGAGCAUGGCAAGAUCAGGCUGUGGGCGUGCUGCCUCAUAGGCCUUCUGGUCAUCUUGGUGAUCGGUGGCAUCGUCGGGGUCAUCCUCGCGAAGACACUCGGGGGUGACGCGUUCGGCGGCGACACGGUCGACCUGGUCAUACAGAGUGCCAACACCAAGGAGCUUUGGCUGCAGCGAAUGGUAUGCAUGUCGUAUGGACGAAUGCAGCGGACGAGGCGAUUUGUGAGGUCGUUUGCAUCUGUAUGUGUUAUGGCUAUGGCUGGCAGGUCGAGGACUUCAACCGUGAGCAGGAAAAGCAGCACCGCCGCAGACGCCUCCAAUCGGCCCCCGACAACGGGACCAACGACACCAAACGGAUUGUGGCCAAGGUCAGUGGAUGAGCGACUGACGCCGUGACCUUCCACACCUCCCGCUCUCCUCUCUGCGCAUCGUUGCAUCCGUCGAUUGCAUGAGCAGGUGCAUCACACGGGCAGCACGUACGACGAGAGCCUCAAGCCCAACAUCUGGUCGCCAGCCAACCGCCUGUGGGUGCGCCUCAAGAACGAGGAGACGGGGGCGGUGGCCAUCGUGUCCGACAUCGACAACCUGUGCUUCUCCACCACAACCAUCCCGCUGGGCCUCGCCAUCUGGAGGAAGCUCGCGACGGCACUCGGAUGGCCUGAUGCUGACAUUGGCUGGAAAGACAUCGCGGAUUUGGCCAAGGUGGGGGAGAAUAUCGAUCGGCGUGUAGGUAUCUGCUCUUUGUUGUAUUCGUCCAUAGAAUGAAAGCGGCUGGGGUGCGGUGGAUCCAUCCCUGGCGGUCCGCGGUCGGUUCUCGUACGGCCAUGGGCAUCCCGAGUCGUCCAACAGCGGCCGCCUUAGCUUCCUCGCAUCCAUAUACGCAUACCGAGGGGGGGAGGACCCGCUGCAAGCCGACGAUCUGAAAGGUGUGUCGACUGGCCAUACGAGCAGGGGUGUCUUUGGUUCGUGUGUCAUCUGCUUUGUGCUGGGACGGCAGAUGCGGAGAUUGUGGCGUCUAUCCGGUCGCUGGCCAGAUCGGUGACACACAUGGGACAUGUAAGUGAGAGCAGCGCACCAGCGGUGGAUCGAUGGUGUGGAUUUGUGUGUGUGUGUGUGUCGUGUCAGAUUGACACCGACAUCUUGGCAAGGUGGGUAGUUCAUCGAUCGAUGUGCUCUGGUUGUUCGUCCAUGUGUGUGUCGCUGCUCGAGUGUGCAGGAUGGUCGAGCGAGGCCCCGGCUACCUCAACGCCGUCGUAAGCCGACAUGCAGGACAGCACGAUGCGCGCACGGCUGCGUAUUCCUGCACAACCUGCAGGCCAACUAUGAGUCCAACGUCAUCAGCUGGAACAAAGACAAGGCCGCCGAACUGAGUGAGUGGGGCUGUAAAGGUCAUCUACAGCACCGUCGGCUGUUUAUGGAUCCAUCUUUUUCUGCUGCUGUCUGUUUUUCAUUGUGCAGGUGCAUGGGAUGACGGUACACACACACAUGGAUGAUGGAAAACGAACGCAUCGAUCGAUAUGUCAGAACCGGCGGCCGUUCUCUGUCUGUCGCACAUGUCUGUCUGCAGACUUCGUCUUCAUCUACCCAUCGGACGGCACGUAAGCAGACAGAAAUGACCACUGAUUAUGUGUUUCGUUCCCUGAAAGGACGUCACACGACGUCACACGACAGGUACUGGAUGGACCACCCGUUCUGUGUGGUCGACGGCGUUGAAUGGACCACCGAUGAACAGGUCCGCCCCUCAAUCCAUACUCACGGCGUGCCCGUGUCCUUCCCCAUGGAUCUGUGGCUGCGUCCUUCCCCGCUCGUUUAGGCUGAGGCUGCUCUGACGUUCAUCCGCUAUGUCACUGACAAGGACAGAAACGACAUGCUGCUGGACUACGGCAUCAGACCCUUCAGCGGGCGAAGGGAGGUCUCAUCGGAAGGUAAGGUAACUCAGUGGCGUGCAGAGAGAGAGCACUGAACUGAUGCUAGCUAGCAUCACAUCUCCCUCUCUCUCGUGUCUCCGUCUGCUUGGAUAGGGUUUCCUCCGUUUACGCGAGAGAAUGGCGUGAUCCCGACCAAGAACCCCACGAACGUGCCGCAGCUGCCCUUCCCCGACACCUCCGUCAUCAGAGCCGUCAUUGACACGUGGAAGGCCAACAAGAAGCCGGCCGUGGUCAGUGAGUGAGUCUGUCAGGCACCGCACCCAUCCCACGAUGAUGAUGAUGAUGGCCAUCCUUGUCUUGUCUGCCUGCAUACACACGCGUGUGUUGUGUUGUGUUGUGUUGUGUUGUGCAGGUGGUCCUGACUGUCGACACGUCUGGGUCGAUGAGAGGCGGCAAACUGCAGGAAAUGAAAGCAGGUACACUAGCUGCCAUGGUGUGGUGGGCGAAAGCGCAGGAGCGACAUGACGCCUGAUGGUUGUUUCUGUGGUCGGUUCUGUCAGCUGUUGGCGAGUUCCUGAAUGCCAUGCAGCCGCAUGACGAGGUGCGCACCCUCGGACGGCCGGAUCGAUCAUCCCAACCAUGUCUUUGUUUCUUUAAUGUGUGUCUGUUGGCUGCUCGGUGUGCAGCUGUAUCUGAUCCGCUUCUCGGAGGAUGUGCAGUUGCUCGAGCAGCAGUCUGGUGAGUGGUGGGUGGGUCAGCCACACGGACGAACGGCCAACACAUUCGUAUAGACAGUUGUUGCUGUCUUUCUGUGCUGUUGAUGCAGGGCUGAUUGGCGAGAAGAGGGACGAACUCCUGGCGGUCGUCGACAACUUUGUGGCCGGUGAAUAAGAUGCGAUAAACACAUCACACACAAGGCUGUGCGCUGAUGGACGGAUGCACUUGUCCGUGCGUGUCUUCUCCCUUUACCGCUCCAUGCGUCGCGUCAGGUGGUGCGACGGCCCUGUACAACGCCACCCGUGACAGCCUGGAACUGAUCGCCGCCAUGCGGGCUGCUGCAAACGACACCUUCGACAAAUCAUGGGACGUCGUCAUCAUGACCGACGGCAUGGACGAAGGUGAGUUGAGUCAGUGAGUGGGGGAGGAGGGAGGCACGGACCCAUCUCACUCCCUGACGUGUCUGGCUGCCUGCCUCCGUGUGUGCAGGUGAGAACCACAUCAGCAAGGACGAGGUCUACUCGAUGUUGCCUGGAAGCGAAGACCCCACUGGUAUUUUCUGGAUGGCAUUGCACACACAGAAAGAGGGAGAGAGGAAAGGCCUUUCGAUUUGUGGCCCUCCGUGUGUGUCGUUGUGUGUGUGUGUGCAGCUGUGCACAUCUACAGUGUGGCGUUUGACUUCAACGACAACUCGGCCCAGGCCCAGGCGGGCCGCGACUUCCUCCGAACCAUAGCUGAGGACAGCAACGGCAAAUACUUCGCCCCCGACGCACGCAGCCUCAGCCUCGUCUACAACCUCAUCUCACAGGAAUUCUGAUCGACCGACCUGCCGUGUGUCCACGUGUGCGUGUGCCUGUGUGUGUGUGUGCCUGUGAGGGUGUCGUCGUCUGUCAAUCGUCGAUGGAUUGGGCCCGGUGCAUGUAUGUGUUUCGUGUUGUGGGAAUGAGUAUGAGUGCAUGUAUGUGUAUGUGUGGUGUCACCACAACCAAGGUCGGUCUGCUUUUUGCGACCACUUCAUUCAUGAGUCAGUCGAUCUGCACUGAACUGAAUGGGGUAACUGACAGAGUGAGUGGAUUGUACCUUUCAUGCGCUCUGCCCCACACCCCUGUAUGUAGCAUAUCGGCCGCAGCCAGCCCAGCCGGUCCGACAGACAUUACUCGUAGGCCAUAAGUCAGUCAGUCGCCCUGCAAGUACGUUACGUGAGCCCUGUCUGCGUGCACUGACUGCAUGGCAUGUGUGUGGUUUUCUAGUCGAUACCCCCACACACAAGGGAGCGACGAACGAGGCAAGGCGGGCUGCUUUGUUUGUUCAAACCAACCUUCUUUGCUCAAGUCGUCUGCCUGUCUGUCCUGUCAGAUUUGUUUGUUCAAGUGACGCCUUUGUUUGCUCAAGUGUCUCGUAGAAGUGAUGCUUCGACCAGUCGUCAUGUGUCUGCCGUCGUCUGCACUUUUUGUGCGGGUAUCAGUGAGGAGGGAGGGGGAGAGGGGGGAUGGCCACACAUUGCUACAGACGAUUCUGUGAUCGUACCCACGUACCCACAGAGGACUCAGACAAGGGGCGAAAACAUGCUGACGCACACUAUGGUUGUUCCGGUAACGUUGCC